CCUCAAGUACCUUUUGAACAAAGGCUCCGAAAAUUCCUCCGCAGCUUCUUCCACGACUGCGGCUUCCCCUUCUUCUUCCAAAAAUCCUACUCCUGAAUCGAAAUCCGAAGUAAUCGUAAUCCAUGAUAACUCACCCGACGUGCUGCAACCUUCUGGAACACCCAAAAAGGAACGUCUUAGUCUCUUUGAUCCACGACAGCCCUGGUUACGUAAAAAUGGAGCAGGAAGAAGCCAAGUCCAAGUCGGCCCAACCAGCUUCACGCUCUUCCCAACCCAAGGGAACUCUUGAUGCCCUCUUGGCGGAAAUUGAAGCUUCGCGAUCACAACGACCUUCAAAAGGAAAAUCACCUGUAAAUAGCCAUCCCGCAACAUCUUCACAAGCAUCCAAGCCAUCUACAUCCCCAAAACCAUCCCCAAAGCCAUCCACCUCUCCCGCCGUCUCCGUCUCCGCCUCUCCCUCCACAUCAACUUCGACAUCGGCUUCCGUUUCAAACUCUCCCGCAAACCGUGACACCGCUAAUUCUUCUUCUAAGAAGCGUUCUGCAGAUGAAAUGCUCUCCUCGGAACGUUUCAACCUUGGCUCCGGCAGUGAACAAAAACCAUUUGUGGUUACUUCACGCCGCAUCAAGCCAAGAAUCAAGCCUUGCGAACGAUUCCAAGAGAUCUUCCCUGAUAAAGAGGAAAACAACGACAAAGACAAAGAUAGCAAUGUCACCUCGAGUUCAGCAACUUCCUCAAAGUCUUCUUUUGACAUGGCCAAAGUGUCGCCCUUUGGAAAACGCUGUGCUGCGAUGCUGGCCCGGGCUAAUAAGCGACCUCAUGAAUCUUCUGAAUUAACACCUGCUCAUCGUAUCAAGGUGGAACGUUCAAUCAAUCCCGACGCCAUGUCUCCCCGUAUUUCUGUGCUCAACCGAACACUGAUCGGUAAACAAUCUGACGUUGCCGACACCGAAUUUACAAAGAAAGGUUCUGCCACUCCCCCUCCUCAAAUCACCGCUUCAUCGUCUACUUCCACUGUUAAAACCGAAUCACCAACCUCCGUGCCCGACGCUACCGCACUCGCAACCUCAAGCAAUACCACCUCCGCUGCUCGCGCAUCAGCCCAAUCCAACGUGCCUUCUGCCAAGCCUGUUGACAAGCAGCCGAAUAAAGAUACCGACUCAUCCACUCGAUCGUACAUGGAUUUAUCCCAUGAAGAAUCGUCGUCCGAGGUGACCAGUCCCGCCCGAGAAUUUGAAAAGAAAUACCCAAAUGCUAUUGUAUUCCACGACUUUCUGGAAGACAUCCCAGUGGCCCCCGAUGCUGAAGAGGAACUCGCCCGAGAAAAAGAUAUCCAUCCUCGCGAAACAACGAAGCCGCAAGUGAAAGAUAUACCGCAAGAUAAAACGGUGCUGCAAGUAGAAACGGCACCACAAGUGAAAGUGACUUCCAAUACUACAGAAAACAAGAUGGUUCAAACCGAUACCGCAAAAGAACUUAAUCCGACUCCAACGACGGAGAACACCGAAGAAUCUAUGAAGGAUCAAUCCGAACUUUUAUUUUCUUACCCAUUCCAAGGGGGCAAGAAUGCCGUGUCCAUCUUUGGUGAAGAUGUGGCACGUUUACGAGAAGGAGAAUACUUAAAUGACAGUAUCAUUGACAUGUACAUGAACUGGUUACUCAGCAACGGCAAAACCAUCAGCAAAGACAUUGAAGAAAGUACACAUAUUUUCAGCUGCUUCUUUUAUGAAAGACUCACUCGAUCAAGCAAUACUGCUUUUGAAUACGAAAAUGUAAAGAAAUGGACCUCCGGCGUCGAUUUGUUCAAAAAGAAAUUUGUUAUUGUUCCUAUCAACGAAAAUUGCCAUUGGUAUACGGUGGUGAUCACCGAUCUGGACCUCUGUGUCCCCACGCGAAAAGAAAAGCUACCUGACAUUAUCGAUCUGGAUGCACAUCAUCCAGAGGACGGAAAACCAACGAUGUUUUUACUCGACUCGCUCGGCCGACGCCCACGCAAAUGUUUCCGCGUACUGACCGAAUAUUUACAACUGGAAGCCAAAAACAAAUUUGGCAUUGAAAAGAAAGAUUUCGUCACUCCUAAUAUCGUCAUCAGCAAGGUUCCUCUCCAAAAUAACUAUUCCGAUUGCGGUGUGUUCCUCUUGCAUUCUAUUGAAAUGCUGUUAUCGAAACCCGAAAAAUACAUAGAAAUAUUACGGAAUCACAAGGAACGAAGCGACCUUGCUUGGAAUACCCAUUUAGUUCCUCAGAAGAGAGAAAAUAUCAAGAAACUGUUCAGAAGUCUGAAAAAGCAAUACCGCCGUCAAGGACGAAUGAGAUGAAUUGAAGAAAUCCCUUGUUUAAAAGAAGAAAGAGUGGCCUUCAUACUAGAGGCCUUUUACAUCUCGGAUAUAGGGGGCUCGCACACUUGAUAUGGCGCCACCCAUCUUGAACAACCGAAUCGAAAAGAAACGAUUUCCCAAGUCGCUGGUGUUUCAUAUCACAGCCGCGACUGUAUAUGAUUGCCAU